AUGGCUGACUUAUUCCUCCUCCUUCUGUGCCUACAUGGGCUCCCCCAGGCCGCUGCAGACAACAUCCAGGCCAUCUAUGUGGCAUUGGGGGAGGCAAUGGAGCUGCCAUGUCCUUCACCACCCACCCUGGAUGGAGACGAAUUCCUGUCCUGGUUCCGCAGUCCUGCAACAGGCUCCUCCACUGCUUUAGUGGCCCACGUCCAAGUAGCCAGGCCAGCCCCAGACCCUGGGAAGACUGGAAGGGAAUCCAGGCUCAAACUCCUGGGAAACAACUCUCUGUGGCUGGAAGGGUCCAAGGAGGGAGACGCUGGGCGGUACUGGUGUGCCGUGCUGGGUCACCGCCACAAGUACCAGAACUGGAGGGUGUAUGAUGUCUCCGUGCUCAGAGGAUCCCAGUUCUCUGCGAGGGCUGCAGAUGGAUCCCCCUGCUCUAUCCUCCUGUGCUCUGUGGUCCCCACCAGACGCCUGGACUCUGUGACCUGGCUGGAGGGGAAGGGUCCUGUGAGGGGGCGUGUGCAGUCCUUCUGGGGUGAUGGAGCUGCCCUGCUCUUGGUGUGUCCCGGGGAGGGGCUUCCUGAGCCCAGGGGACGUAGACCAAGAAACAUCCGCUGCCUCAUGCCUCAGAACAAAGGGGUCAGCUUUAGCCUGGCAGCCUCCAUGGAUGCCUUCCCGGCCCUCUGUGCCCCUUCCACAGAGUGGGGUGCACCCUGGAUCCUGAUGCUGCUGCUCACAGUGGGCCAGGGGUUCACCAUCGCGGUCCUCAGCGUCAUGCUCUGGAGGCGGAGGGUCCAGGGGACUAAGCACAGAAAUGCCUCGUUUCCUCAGUUCAAACCCGAGAUCCAGGUCUAUGAGAACAUCCAUUUGGCCCAUCUCAGGGCCAUGGCGAUAGUGGAAGAGCCUUGGGCUGCAGGCUGGUGGAGGAGGUGGGCUCCCCAGGUGAGGCUGGCCACGAGGAUGAGCGGGGUGAUAAGGAGGAGCCUGGGGAGCCGAUGCGGCAUGGUGGCUGCAUCGCACAGGUCCUGCUCGCAGCAGUGGUGCCGAGGAGUGUAGGAGAGUGACCGGAAACCGCAAGCGGUGCUAUGACUGCGGUGGAGGCCCCAGCGGCUCCUGCAAAGAGACCGUGACCACUUGCGGCCAGGGCAAACGCUGCGGCUUCCUGGAG